GAUCAAGACAACCUUGAAGCAAGCUCUAGGCACGCCAUGUCGUCCAAACACAUCGUAUUUGACAUUGUCGGCACGCUCGUCUCUCAUGAGCACUUCUAUGAUAUCAUACACUCGCGCUUAAGCUCCAUUCUCGAGCUCUACAACAUCACGGGCCGCCUUCUAGGCUACGCAUGGCUUGAGACUGCAGAGCGCGAAUACACAUAUCUCUCGCUCUCUGGCUGCUACGUACCCUUCGCCAAAGUCUUUCAAGCGAUCUUCUUCCGCGUACUACAUUUUGCCGGCGUACCCAAUCCGAGGAGCGUGGCUAGCGAGAAAGAUGUUGAAUACUUCAUACAAGAGUACAAGAACUGUGCAGUCAGGCCCGGUGCGAAAGAGUGUAUCGAUCAGUUGAGAGCGGGCGGAUGGACGGUGUGGGCUUUUACAAGCGACGAUCGAGAACGAGUUAGAGGGUACUUCAGCAAGGGUGAGAUUGCUAUCGACGAUGACCAUAUUGUGACUUGUGACGAUGUUGGGGUAGGUAAACCGGAGAUCAAAGCAUAUGAGCGUGUAAAGGAGAAAAUUGGUGUUGGAGAAGAUGAGGCCUUGUGGUUCGCAGCUGCCCACGGAUGGGACGUCAGUGCGGCGGGCAGGGCAGGGUUCAAGACUGCGUACUGUACGGUGUUGGAGAAGGAACCGCUCGAAGAGGUCUUUGGAAAGACAGACGUUACUACGGACAACCUACCGGCACUUGCUGACGUAGUUAUCAAGACUGCUCGAUGACAAAUGGAAACGACAAUGCCACAAGGCCAGCUUUACGGACUUCAAGGCGCCCGCCAUGGCUGAAAACAUUGCUUGGAGCACACAACUGGACGUUAUGAUGCAAUAUCACAGAAGUAAGUUGACUAGGUUUGUAUAGGAACCAAGUAACGCCUGUCAUAGGCUAUAGUCUGACAAUAUCGCUGCC